UUUGCCUCUCAGCCACACGAGAAGAGAAAACUAAACCUGAGCCUGGGGAAUUUAAAUGUGAUUUUAUCAUCGUCAAAGCCACCGUGAUUAAGGAAACAAAUCUUAUGAAAAACAAAGGGAGACCAUCACUAAAAUUAAGCUUUAUCUGACGUAUCUUGCAACAGGCCCCAUCACUGUGUGUCUGAAACUGCAACAUGACUGAAGUGAUGAGUAUGGCGGAUGUGUCAACAGGCAUGAUGUAUGUAAACGACACCGAAAACACAAACAAAAUAGCUGACGCUGAUGAUACGAACAUGACCAGUGACGAAAACUAUAAUGAGGAAGAAAAAACUACCAGCACAGCUGAAAUGCUUGACAUCAGUUGUGCGACGGAAGAGGUAGAAAUGAACGGUAAUGCAGAUGUACCAGAAAAGACCAUGUUAGCAGAGAGGGAAGAGCCCAAACAGGAGACAAAGACCUUUGGAAAGACGAGAAAGCGAGAGAGGGUCCUGAAAACGAAUGAUGCAAACAUCACCCAAGAGGAGGAUAUAAAUGAUGUUGCUGAUGCAUCACAUGACACGAAUGUGACAAAUAUGUCAGAAGUGGCAGUAAAACAAGAGAAACUGCUUAAAAAAUCUAAACCUGUACAGAGGAGUUAUAUUCCCAAGUUGGGGAAAGAAGAUGUCAAGAAUAAGUUUGAAGCCAUGCAGAAAGCUAGAGAAGAGAGAAAUCAAAAAAGAAGUCAGGAAGAGCAAAAGAAACGCAGGGAGCAGUAUGUUAAAGAGAGAGAGUACAGUCGCAAGAAGCAAAUGAUAAAGGAACUCCUUGCCUCCAGUGAUGAAGAGGAAGAGGUGAAGCCAACCAAGAUAGAGAAAUCCUACGUUCCCAAGAUUACUGGCAGUGUGAAGGGGAAGUUUGCUGAGAUGGAGAAACAGAGGCAGGAGGAGGAGAGAAAAAGAACAGAUGAGGAGCGAAAGAAGCGCGCUGCACAGGAGGCCAUGGAGAAGGCAAAGAUUAAGAAAGAGUUGGCCAAGAAAGCUGAGGAGGAAGGAGAUGAUGGCAUUCUGGUAAGAGUGGUACCUGCAAAAUCACAGAAACACCCAGGAAAAAUCAAGAUCAACUUUGAGGACAUGGAGAAGAGCCGUGAAGAAGAACUAAAAAAGCGGACUGAGGAGGAGAAGAAGAAGAGAUAUGAUGAGAACCGACGGUCUUUCCGUGAGGCCAAGCGAUGCUCCUUGGGUGAACAGCUGGAGGAUCUGGAGUCUCAGCCCAUAGACAGGGAGCAGGUGACACCUGGUAAACUGCAUCUGACCUUUGAAGAACUAGAAAAAGAGAGACAAGAACAGCAGAGAAAGAAGGCAGAGGAAGAAGCCAGACACAGACUGGAGGAGGAGAGAAAAGCCUUUGAAGUGGCCAAGCUGGGCAUGCCCCAGGAUGACGAGGAUACUCAGGUUACCCAGGGGGAGAAGGAAGAAUUCAGGCCUGGUAAACUUCGACUCAGCUUUGAGGAGCUGGAAAAACAGAGACUGGAAGAGGAACACAAACGAGUGGAGGAAGGAAGGAAAAGACGCAUCGAAGAAGAGAGAAAGGCCUUUGCUGAGGCCAGAAAGAGCAUGAUUAUAAAUGAUGAUGAUGACGACAUUCUGCUAGCCAUGAUAAACUCAGAUGGGGCCAAACCUGGAAAGUUGGCCAUCAGCUUUGAGGAGCUGGAAAGACAAAGACAAGAAGAGGAGCAGAAGAGGAAAGAGGAAGAAGCCAAGCGACGCCUGGAAGAGGAGAAAAUACUUUUCGCAGAAGCUCGCAAGAACAUGGAACAAGACAUCUCAAAGAAGUCAAUUCUAUGA